ACGAGUGGCCAUGACGAACACUUCGACGUCAUCAAUAAAAUUCGCGCUGGAAUCCAAAAGACAAAUGCGCGUGGCGUGGCAUUCAGGCUGACAGAGCAUCUCGUUCUCGUUCUUUCCCGGUGUCUCGACAUCGAUUCUGUUCGUCUCCCAUUUCAAACGCUUUUCUCGCGUUCGAAUUCUUGCAAUCCUCCGCCUCCGGGUUCCUCGUCGGAGCUCUUUCGAAUCAGCUAUUACCCAUUCAAUAAGAUGUCGGGCACAGCUGUUGAGGACUCACGGGACCAAGUGCAUACUGAUUGUACAAUUAAAAGUGAUGGUGAUGGUGAAGGUGCUUCUAAAGAUAUAUUACAUUCAGAUGUAGGUGAUGAGAAUGCUGUGCCUUCCCCAGAGGAGGAGGAGGAAAAAAUCAAGAAGAAGUAUGGGGGUCUGUUGCCAAAGAAGCAUCCAUUGAUUUCCAAGGAUCAUGAACGUGCCUUUUUUGAUUCUGCUGACUGGGCUUUGAAUAAGCAAGCAGCACAGAAGCCCAAAGGACCACUUGAAGCUCUCCGACCCAAGUUGCAGCCCACCCCACAUCACCAAGGAAGGUCAAGGCGUUCAGCAUAUGCACCUGCAGAUGAUGGUCAUGAAGGGAAUGGCUACCAUAGCGAAGAUCCAGAAGAUGAGAGUCACAAAGCAGAGGAUGGUAGCGAGAAAGAUCUUUGUUCGGAGGAGAAAAGCUGUCAGGACGAGGAGCAGCUUGAUGUUCUAUGCUGAGUCAUUUUGGUGGAACUGGUGCUUUCUUUCCCCUUCUGUAAUUGACAAAUUGUAAGCCAAAACAGGGGGCAGUUGAACUACAUAAGCCCGCCCUUUGAUGAGUGAUGAACGGGUGAGACGCAUUUCCAACGGUCGCCUGUAGUGUUGCAGGCAACACAUAUGUCAGUAAGGCCUAAACUCAAUGUGGACAAUAUGUCAGCUUGUGAUCGAAACAAUCUUUUUAUCAAAUUCGAGUCGUUGUCAUAGACCAAA